GUCUCUGACCUGUCUGCAAAAAUUAACAAGCGCUCACCUCCACCACAGAAUCAUUCUCUCGCGCGCAGAAUUUGUCUCUCUUCGCAUGGAUUCCGCCAGUAUAAAAGGCAAUCGUCACCAAGUGGCUGAUCGCAAUAGACUUCCAGGCGUCUUCGCGAAGUGAGUAAUAAAAAGUUCGGAGAAGAUUUUUGCAGUCAUUCUAGCGACUUUUUAUAUAGCGCUUAUCGCCUAUUGUUUUUCCUUUUUGUUUCUCUUCUUUUUCUUGUACAUCCAAACGCGAAGAUCACUCAAUUAGUUGGACAAAUAGACGAACAACGAAUUAGUAAAACAACAAAAAAAACGCCUUUUACGCAAAUCAACAUAAAAAAGAAUCAGUGGAAAAUAUUGUGGAAGUUUUUUUUUUUAUUUCUAACUAAAAGAUAAGAAUUUGACAUUAAAAAAUUUUUAAAAAUGAAGAUAAUCGGCAAGAUCGCGAUCCUCAUUGUAAUUCUCGCAACGGAAACCACGACUGCUUGCAGAAAUGCCCAGCUAAUGAAGACUGGGGUUACUGAACAGGAGAAGUAUGACAUACUGGAGACACACAAUCGCCUACGACAGUCCGUGGCAAUGGGCCAAGUGCGUGGUCAACCAGGUGCUGAGAAUAUGAUGGAAAUGAAAUGGGACUCCGAAUUGGCUGCCAAAGCGCAACAAUGGGCAUCAGAGUGCACCUUUGAGCAUGAUCCGAGUCGCUAUUUGAAUCGCUUCACAAUGGGACAGAAUCUUGCUAUUAUGUGGAGCACUGAACCCCUUGGUGAGCAUGAAGGGGACUUCCCGUCGCGCAUCCAGAACUGGUUUAACGAAGUCAACGCCUACAAUUGGGGUGCAUCGUGGUCACCAAAGACUGGUCACUACUCACAGCUAGUUUGGGGUGAAACAAAUCUCGUGGGAUGUGGCUUUUCAUCCUACUACGAUGGUUACAAGUACAACAAACUCUGGGUUUGCAACUACGGACCAGGAGGAAACGUAGUUGGAGUUGAUCCCUACUCAACAGGAAGUCCAGCUUGUCAAAACUUCGGACUUUCCACAUCAAGUCGCUACCCUGGCCUGUGCACAGAUGCACCAACAAUCCAGACAUUCACCUACAACCCACCACAGCAGAACUACAUUACAGACUACAACACUGGCAAGUACACAGCUCCACACAAGGCUGAAUAUACGCGCGUGACGUUCAACAAACCCCAGAAGAGCGUAUCGUUCUCCAAUCAACUGGCCGACUACUCAUGGAAUCAACCGCAAACUCAGCAGUACUAUCAAGAACCUAAGACUCAGCAGUACUUCCAGGAACCCAAAGUCCAGACACAAUACUACCAGGAACCCCAGACUCAACAGCAAUACUACCAGGAACCCAAAGCCCAACAACAAUACUACCAAGAACCAGAAACCCACAUCUACAUUCAACAGGAACAACCCGUACAGAAUGCAUUUGCAUCCUUUAAACCAGUACGACAGAGUACAAAGAGCGACCGAUCAAGUGCACUCCUCUCAUACAAUUGGGAUGCCUUCUUCAACUGAAAGUCCCACAGAUUUGUAUUAGGAAUUCUUUUAGGAUUAUGUGUGCUAAUACUCAACUUAGAAAUAUUUUCAAAUUCUUUGCUAUAGGUUGUUGUUUUUAAGGCAAAUGACUGGAUAACUUUUAAGGCAAUUUUUUUAUACAAAUUUUGUAUUAGUAGCGUGAACAAUUUUUUUUGUAUGACGCAUUUAAUAAACCAUUUUUGCUGGUUAAA